CUCACUAAUCACUACACAAGUUCUAUAUAUAGCUAGCCACUUCAUUCUCACUUCACCCGUCAAGCUCCUCAUAGUCCUUUCCCUUAAUUAGCUUAUUAGCAAAACUUGGCCAACAUCCUAUAAAUAAUGAAUGAAGUAAUACUAAGGGUGGAAGCACUACAUGAGAGGAAAUGUAAGAAAAAAGCCAUGAAGAUAGUGUCGAAUAUUGCAGGGAUUGAGUCAGUGUCAGUGGACAUGAAUGAAAACAAGUUGACUUUGACUGGGGAAAUGGAUGCUGUGGAAGUUGUUGGGAAGCUGAGGAAGCUGUGUCACACCGAAAUACUGUCUGUUGGACCAGCCACAGCCACAGCCACAGCCAAACAAGAGCCAAAGAAGAACAAUAAAGAGCAUACUACAAAUCUGGAAGCUUCUAUUCUACCCAUUCAAGCUUAUCAUUAUUAUUACACAAGUAUGGAGGAGAAUCCCAAUGCCUGCGUUAUCUUCUGAUAACUUAUUUCGAUUAUCCGUUUUCAAUUUGCUGCUGUUAUUUCUUUUUUUGAUGUUUAAUGUUUUCUUGCUCUCUCAAAAUGUUGGUUAUGGAAAUAAACUGAUGGCCUCGUUAAUGAGAGCAACUUUUAAUUUUCUCUUCA